GUUGAGUGUAAUGACAAUCUUGCAUAACUGUUUAGAGUAUAUAAUCAUCACUAUUCCUCUUCCACAUUCACAACUGUCUCUCUUUCGAACCAAUUAACAAACUCCCGCUUUCUCUCACUUUCCCAAGAAAAUUCAAUCAUAUACUUUGGAAGUUGUUGAUUUCACAUUCAACAAUUUCUUGGUCUUUUUGGUCAUCAGUCCGAAAAUUAAAUUCAAGUUUGCUAGCUUUCAAGAAUCUGAUAACUUGGGUGUUGUUGAUUUCAUAUUCAGCAAUUUCUUCUCUGUGUUGUUCAUCAGCGAUCAGAUUCCCUUUUCACUUGGAAGUUGUUUCUUUCAAAUUAAUCCAACAUGUAUCCUAAUUUCAGGAAAGUGAUAGUUCCGAAAACAUCAAGACCAACCACAUCAACACCGGACCCAACUGCAACAUGGCUCAGCUGUCAUUACUGCUCUCGGCUCUUUAGUAGCAGCCCAAAUGUUCGAGGUGUUGUUGUACAAGCCAGGGAACCCAAUACUAGCUACUAUGUGGCUGAUUACGUUACUAACACUUACCGUCCAGACAAUGGAUUAAUAAUUUCUGAAUGGAUUACAGCUGAAAAUGGGGAGAAUAAUUUGGCCUUGACCCGUAUCUACUGUGACAGAUGCAGACUACCUGCUGGCUGGAAAGUCCUUCAGCGGAGCCAAACCCACCCUAUUGUCGAUGUAGGCCAUGUUUUGCUGCCAGUUACUCCUCCUGCUGCUUCUCCUUCUCAGCCAUAAUGGCUCAAGGACGUGGCUAAUGGCUGAUGGCUCUCCAUAUAUACAGUGGAUGUGGCUCGUGGCUGAUGGCUCUCCAUAUAUAGUCUCUGUUACUUAAGAAUCUCAAUACAGUAGUUAUCCAAUGCAAUGUACUUGUGAUGUAAUACCAAUUGCUAGCUAGUGCCAGCUCUGUUGCAUGAAAACUUGAAGCAAUGUUUUCAGAAGCUUUCAUGUUGGGUUGAAUAAAUUCAUGAGAAUUCUAACGAUAGGUUUCCAAUUAAAUGAGAUUUGUUUGAUGCUA